AUGGCGCUGACCAAUGGGGAUUCCUUCCAGACGUGGCACCUCUCCGCUGAUGAGUUUGAUCCUGGGCAGGACUUCACGGGCAAUGAGCGGGAAGGGGGAGCUUGGGGGAACCCGGUAGUGGCUGUCCUGAUCCCCCUGCUUUCUGGGCCACCGGAUCCCUUCCAGCCCUGCCAGAUGACUGGACUCGCCCUGACCCCACAGUGGAUUUGGCCCUAUAGAUCUCCUAAAGCCCCCACAGACCCCAUUCAACGUCCCCCAGGGCGCCACUCGGGUCAGUGGGCAUUGCAGGAGAUCCGCAUGUACCAGAGCAGCACCUGCCUGCUUCUGUGCCCUGACCCCUUUGCCCGCGUGGUGCAGGACCUCUGCCUACUCUUCACCCGUGGGGUUGAUUACUGCUGGCAGAGCAUGGCCCUGCUGGCGCUGCAGGAGGCAGAAGAGGCCUUUGCUGUGCGGUUACUGGAAGACAUGUACCUGUGCUCACUGCACGUCCGUCGAGUCACCCUGUUCCCCAAAGAUCUGCAGCUGGCCCAGUGCCUGUGGGGAAUCGAGGGGGGUGGCAUCUGA